AUGGGUCAAACAGUAUCAGCGCCGUUGGCACCGCCGCCACCACCGUCACCUCCCCCACCGCCACUGCCCUCUUCACCUUCUCCACCGGAAUCCCCCAGCACCACCAUGUCACCACCAACACUUACUUUCCUCUUCCCGGAAACUCAGUCCACAGUCCUCCCUGAUCCUUCAUCAUUCUUCUCUCCCGAACUCCUCUCCAAUCCUUUACCAACAAAUUCAUUUUUCCAAAAUUUUACGUUGAAAAAUGGUGAUCAACCUGAAUAUAUUCACCCAUAUUUAAUCAAAUCAUCUCAAUCUUCUCUCACCCUCUGUUACCCAUAUCAGUUCAGGAAUUCUGCCUUUUUAUGCCAGAUAUUUAUUGCUGAUCUCACCAUUUCUGCGCUGAACAAUCCUAAUCCAAAUGCAACCCAUAUCAUAUCUGCAUUCAGUGAUUUGAGUGUGACUUUGGAUCUUCCAUCUAGUAAUCUUAGGUUCUUUCUAGCUAGAGGGAGUCCCUUUUUGACUUGUAAUGUGAUGAGUAGUGUUGCAUUGUCCAUUUCAACCAUUCAUGCCAUUCUUGAAUUGUCCUCAAAUAGUUCUUCCACCAAGUACACUAUGAAGCUUAAUAACAAUCAGACUUGGCUUCUUUAUGCUUCUUCGCCGAUAAAUUUGAGUCAUGAUGUUUCUACUAUUACUUCUAGUGCGUUUUCGGGGAUAAUUAGGAUUGCUGUAUUGCCUGAACCGAAAUUUCAAGCGGUUCUUGAUUGUUUUAGUUCUUGUUAUCCGAUAAGUGGUGAUGCUGUUUUCACAAAGCCUUUUUGUUUGGAGUAUAAAUGGGAGAAGAGAGGGUGGGGAGAUUUAUUACUGCUUGCUCAUCCUUUACAUCUUCAGCUCCUUUCGAGUACUGAUAGUUCCAUUACGAUCUUGGAGGAUUUCAAGUACAAUAGUAUUGAUGGUGAGCUGGUUGGCGUUGUUGGAGAUUCUUGGGUUUUGAGAAGUGACCCUAUUGGUGUUACUUGGCAUUCAAUUAGAGGGAUCAAGGAGGAAUCAUAUUCUGAGAUAAUUGAAGCACUCAUCAAGGAUGUUGAGGCCUUGAAUUUGAGUACAGUAUUGACAACAUCAUCGUACUUGUAUGGCAAACUGAUUGCAAGAGCUGCUCGGUUCGCAUUAAUUGCCGAAGAGGUGUCUCAUCUUGAAGUGGUCCCUGCAAUUAGGAAGUUCUUGAAGGAUAUGAUUGAGCCUUGGAUGGAUGGAACUUUUGGUGCCAAUGGUUUCUUGUAUGACUCGAAAUGGGGUGGAAUCGUGACUAAACAAGGAUCAGUGGAUUCACGGGCUGAUUUUGGAUUUGGAAUCUACAAUGAUCACCACUAUCACCUUGGAUAUUUUAUCUACGGGAUUGCAGUGCUUGCCAAGAUUGAUGUUGCAUGGGGAAGGAAGUACAAGCCACAAGCUUAUUCGCUCCUGGCCGACUUUAUGAACUUGAGCACGCGAGAAGACUCAAAAUAUCCACGUUUGAGGUGUUUUGACUUGUGGAAAUUGCAUUCUUGGGCAGGAGGGCUGACAGAGUUUGCAGAUGGUCGAAAUCAGGAGAACACAGGCGAGGCCGUGAAUGGAUAUUAUUCAGCGGCUCUUAUGGGACUGGCCUAUGGGGACAGCCACCUUCUUUCUGUUGGAUCUGCUUUAUCUGCUUUGGAAAUUCAAGCCGCAAAAACUUGGUGGCAUCUGAGAGAGGAAGAUAAUGUAUAUGGAGAAGAAUUUACCAAAGAGAACAGGGUUUUGGGUAUUUUAUGGACUAACAAAAGGAACAGUGGCCUUUGGUUUGCUCCGGCAGACUGGAGGGAGUGCAGGCUGGGAAUUCAACUACUGCCUAUACUUCCCAUAAGUGAAAUUCUAUUCUCUGAUGUACAUUUUGUGAGACAGCUCGUGUCAUGGACAUUGCCAGCACUGGCUCGGAAAGGAGUUGGAGAAGGUUGGAAAGGUUUCGUACAUGCGUUGCAAGGGAUUUACGAUAAAGAAGGGGCUUUGAGUAAUAUCAGGAACUUAAAUGGAUAUGAUGAUGGAAAUUCCCUCACAAAUCUUUUGUGGUGGAUUCAUAGUGGAGAUGAUGAAAAGGAGAAACGAAGGGAACUUUCUUGGUUUCGUCACUAUUAUCACCGAAUGUCUGUCUUAGAGUGA